AUGCUGGGCCCGCCGCGCCGCGGGCCGGCGUACAAGACGAAGCUGUGCGCGCUGUGGCAGCGCGGCGGCUGUUCCCGCGACACCUGCAGCUUCGCGCACGGGCACGCCGAGCUCCGCCGGUUCCCCGGCUCCCGCACCUCGUUCCCGCCCCGCGCCGGGAGAAGAGAUUAUAGAGGUGGUGACUUCAGAGAUAGGUUUGAUAGGAGGCGCUCGCCUCAUAGGAGGCAUUCCCCUGACAGAGAUUCCAGGGGCCAUCAUUCCCUUCAUGACCGAAGACCAAAUUCCCAAGAAAGGGAAUCUAGCUAUUCACGGUCUCCCAGUAGGAAGAGUGAAAGGAGGCAUGAGAAGAAGCCUGAUGAUGGAGAAACUAACUCAUCUAGGAGUUUGAGUGUCUCUGACAAUAACGAUGAUAGAAAAAGGGAGACACUCUUAAGUGGUGAUGAUAAAGAGGAUCACGAAAUACAGCUGAAACAAAUGGAUAUGGAACUUUUGCGCGAUGAUAAAUCUCACUUGGAGAUAAUUUUGGAUGAGAAGAAUGCUGAAGUGCGCAAGAUUUCUAGCAGAGUAAAUGAUCUUGAUCUGCAGCUAAGGAAGGAGAAAGAGGAAUGCCACAGGAUGACCUCAAAAAUGAAAAAGUUCAUUAAAGCCCAUGCUCGCUUUUUGAAAGCACAGGAAGAAUUGAAAAGGUCACAAGCUCGUUUUGAGAGACUUGGUGAUUUGCUUGCUUCAGAUAUUCUGAAGCGUGGUGCUAAUGAAGAAGUUUCCAGUAUCAAUGUUGAUGAAGAUCCAAAUGGUCCUUAUGAAAGGAGCCCCAAUGCUGCUACAGCUAAGAAGAGAUCAAUACCAUACUCAACAAGUGAAGAAGCGAAAGCCGUGAAGAAGAGAAGAGAGCGAGACUCUGACACAACUAGGCCAGAUAAAUAUAGGUCAGAAGGUACUAUUGCAGAAUUUGAAAAACCAAGCAAGGGGAUUGAGCCAACAAAAUCUUUGUAUUUGAAGAAGAAGCUGUGGGAAGAUGAAAAGGAUAAGAUAGGCAAUUUUGUUCCCUCAGCCAACACUGACAAGGUCAAAGAAUCUCCAGCCAAACAUGUUUUGCCCUCCACUGGUAUGGCUGCUCAUGCUGUGGAUGAUCUGUUUGAAGCUGUUGAACUGGAGGAUAGACAUGAUCCAAUAACCGCAUCAAUAGAAAAUGAUGCUGAUGACGAAACUAGGUUGCCUGUUAUGCCCCCACAACCACCACCAGCGGUUAAUACUUACGAGCAGGUGCAGAGAUACAUGCAAUCCACUGCAACUUAUCACCUUCAACCCAAAACAAGCCUUGACCAUGGAGCCACAGCUAAUCCUCCAGAUCUCAUUUUUUUUGUGCUAAUAUGCCCAGCCAUUGCCAUCAACCCAGAAGCAGAUGCACUUCUCCGAUGGAAAUCCACCCUGGUUGGAGCCAGCUCCCUGUCCUCGUGGUCGCCUGCCAAUUCAAUCUGCUCUUGGUUCGGCGUCGCCUGCGACGGUGCCGGCCACGUCACUGCGCUCCGCCUUCGCAGUGCAGGGAUCAACGGCAAGCUUGAUGCCUUCUACCGCACCACGUUCCAGAAUCUCACCAGGCUUGACCUCAGCAACAAUCACCUUUUUGGUACCAUCCCAGCGAACCUGUCCAUGUUGCUCACUCUCACCUUUCUUGACUUGAACAGCAACAGUCUCAGUGGUGCCAUCCCCUACCAACUCAGUAAGCUCCCUAUGAUUGCCCAUCUUGAUCUCGGUAACAACCACUUGUUCAACCCAGAAUCUGCCAGGUUUUUACCUAUGCCCAGUUUGAAAUUCUUAUCUUUAAGGAACAAUAGUCUUGACGGCACCUUCCCCCAGUUUAUCCUCAACUGCACGUGGAUGAGAUCACUUGAUUUAUCAUCUAAUUCCUUCUUGGGACAUAUACCAGGCUCACUGCCAGAGACGGUCCCGAGAUUAAGCUAUUUGAAUCUGUCAUAUAAUGGAUUCUCUGGUGCAAUACCACGUUCACUUUCAAGGCUCCGAAAGCUCAGGGAACUAGAUCUUGAUACAAAUAAUCUCACUGCUGGAGUCCCAGGAGAGCUGGGGAUGAUACCUAGAUUGCGUAUUCUUAGUCUAUCAAACAACUUACUUGGUGGAUCGAUCCCAGCAUCACUCGGGAAACUUCAAAUGCUAGAGUCGCUUGAAAUAUUUAAUGCUGGUUUGUUUUCAACUCUUCCAGCCGAGUCGGGGAACCUUACCAGCCUCAAUUACAUGUACUUAUCACAGAAUCAGUUGCAUGGUACUUUACCGUCUUUUGCCAAGUUGCAAAGCAUAAAAUACUUCAGUUUAAACAGGAAUAAUCUCGGUGGGGUCAUUCCGCCAGAGUUAUUUACAAACUGCACGGAGCUCUUCAUCCUCGACUUGUCUGAUAACUCGUUCCAUGGAAUCAUCCCAGCGGAGUUGGGGAACCUUACCGGCCUCGUUUUGAUGGACUUAUCAGAGAACCAGUUGCAUGGAUGUUUACCAACGUCUUUUGCCAAGAUGCAAGGAAUGGAAACCUUCUAUUUAAACGGAAAUAAUCUCAGCGGGGCCAUUCCACCGGAGUUAUUUACAAACUGCACGGAGCUACUCGUGCUUGACUUGUCUGACAACUUGUUCAACGGAAGCAUCCCAACGCAGAUCGCGAACUCCAUGAACCUUCAGAUUCUCUCCCUCUUUGGCAACAGUUUUGUUGGCUCAAUCCCAAUAGAGUUGGAAAACCUGGCAAACUUAGAAUAUCUGGACUUGUCAGAGAAUCACUUUACUGGAACGAUACCACAGCAAAUCGGUAACUUCUCAUUUUUGGUGGUAUCCAUUGACAUCAGCACCAAUCAUCUUGAGGGCGAGCUUCCUGCAUCUAUAUCAAUUCUCCCAAAUCUCAGAUAUCUCAUUUUGUCUGACAAUAAGCUCACAAGUAGCAUUUCUAAUCUCAAUGGCAUGGAGUUGCCCACUUUAUGUCGACUCAUAAAUAGUAGUUUGCAAAUCUUGGAUCUGUCCAACAACCAACUAUUUGGAGAGCUCCCAGGUUCAAUACCAAAAACACUGGCCAACUUAUAUUCAAUGUGGAAGCAAUCCAUCAUGCAGCAAGAAAUCAUCGACAUUGGGCACGUUGACAUAGUUUGGAAAGGACGAGAUUAUAUGUUUCAGUCAUCAGCUGACUUUAUGGCAGCUAUUGAUUUGUCUUGCAAUUCCCUCUCUGGUGGAAUUCCUUCAGAGUUGACAAAAUUAAAGGGUCUCCGUAUGCUGAAUCUGUCAAGAAAUUAUCUAGCUGGUGGUAUCCCGGAACAGAUUGGCGAUCUGUCACUUUUAGAAUCACUUGACCUCUCUUGGAACAAACUUUCAGGCCCUAUUCCUUUAAGCAUGUCAUCCUUGUCGUGUCUCACUUCACUAAAUCUCUCGAGCAACAAUCUGUCAGGAGAGAUACCUAUUGGAGAUCAACUCAGAACGCUUGAUAAUUCCUCUUACAGCAAUAAUCCAGGACUUUGUGGUUUUCCCCUAAGCAUUGCUUGUGAAAACCAUACCUUGGAUGGGGUAAAUGAACUCCACCAAGAUCUUGAUAUCAUAUGGCUAUACUAA